ACUUGUCAGUAUCAAGCAUGGUUUUGUGAUUACUAUUUACUACUGUUAUAUUUGAGAUGAUUGUUUAUUAUUUUGAAGUGUAACAGCAUCAGAAUAAGCUUAAAAUCAUUACCAAAAUGUUAUAUAUGCAUAAUAAAAAUGUAUAUAUGCAAUAAUAAUAUGGAUUCACCUCAAUUACAAGCAUGGCUCGCAGAGGCGCCAAAAUACACAAUAUUUAGAGUGAAUAAAUUAAUGCAAUUUAACGAUACAAAGAUUAAAAGUGUAUUAGAACAGCAAAGGAGAGAAUUAAACUGCCAGUCUACUCCUGCGUAUUAUUUAAUAAAACCGGACUGUCUCAUUGUGGAACAAUGGCCGGAGAAUGUGGUUAUAAAAAAAGGAAAUAUCGAGGUAGUAGUGGAUUCAAUGUGUGCAGCCGCAGUUUUAAGAGGCGCUCAUGUGUAUGCUCCUGGGGUGCUUGGUUUACCUACCAAUUGCAGUCUCAAUGAAAGAGUUGAUAUAUAUGGUGACUUAGAUGGCCACUGUAAGAGAGGCUUAAAAGUCGAGUAUAAAGGAAGAAAAAUAUAUGUUGGUACCGGCUACAUUAGAAUGUUGCGUUAUCAGUUAUUUGACGAUGGAGUCCAACCGAAUGGUAUAGCAAUAGAAACCUUGCUCCCGGCAUCAAGACUUCCUGUGAUAAAUGAAUCUAUGUAUCCUAAAGGACAUUUAGUAUUACAAAACCUGCCAUCUAUCAUAACAGGAUGGGUGGUCAAUGCACAGCCCAAUGAACAUAUAUUAGACAUGUGUGCCUCACCAGGAAAUAAAACAACUCAUUUAGCGGAAAUGUCCAAUAACCAAGCUCACAUCACAGCAAUUGAUAAAACUGAUAAAAAAGUUAUUAAAAUCCGUCAAUCUUGCGAAACUCAGGGUGUCACCUGUGUUCAUACAUUUGCGUUUGAUUCAACUAAAUGUCAUUCUGAUGAAGCAAACAAUGAAAAAGGGCCCCCAUACAAAUCAAACACUUUUGAUAAAGUGCUAUUGGAUGCUCCUUGCAGUGGUUUGGGUCAACGGCCUCUCUUGAACAAUAAAAUGACUGCCAAAAUGCUUCAAUCCUAUAAGUUUGUGCAAAGAAAGCUUUUUGAUUCUGCUGUGAAAGUUUUAAAAGUCGGGGGUAAGCUUGUAUACAGUACAUGUACAGUUACUGUAGAGGAAAAUGAAGGAAUGGUGAGCUGGGUAUUGGAUAAAUAUCCCUGUAUGGAACUCAUUCCCGCUGCACCACUACAUGGUGGGCCGGGACAACCGAAUGUAGGUCUGAACGAUCAACAAAGAGUGAUGGUACAGCGAUUCGGUCCAGAUAACGAUCCACUCAGACCGGUGGAAGAUUUGUACAGGAAUACUAUAGGUUUCUUUAUAGCAGCCUUCACAAAAAAUAAUGAGCACUGCACAUGAAACUAUAUAUAAUAAAUAUCUAUGAAUA